AUGUCAAUUAUAAGGAAUAUUUUUAGAUUUUCUCAUUUACGUCUGUUUUAUGAUAUUUUCGUUUUAUCCGUGAAGAUCACUUUUGCCAUGACAGUGGCCACGUUUAAGAUGGUUAUACCACCUCGAGCAAAGAAUUUAUUAGGAGAGACAGUACUGAUAACCGGUGCUGGACACGGAAUUGGUCGCGAGUUGGCUAUUCAAUUAGCUUCUCUGGGUUGCAUAAUCGUCUGCUGGGACGCAGAUAACGAGGCGAAUCGAUUGACGAUGAGCACGAUAUCGAAAAAUGGCGGGGAAGUUUAUGGUUUCGCGGUCGAUGUAUCGAAGAGGCUCGAGGUUCGAGAAGCCGCGAGGUUGAUGAGGAAAGUGGGCGUGCCAGAAGUGUCCAUCCUGAUUAAUAAUGCAGCUGUACUAUAUCAUAGCUCCUUUCUUCAACAAGAUUCGGAUUUUGUAGAGAAGACAUUCAGUGUCAAUGUCCUGUCGAACUUCUGGACGAUAGAAACUUUUCUGCCGAACAUGAUACAUAAUAGAAGAGGACAUAUAGUCUGCGUGAGCAGCAUGUGUGGCAUAUACGGGGUGUCCCAGAAAGUAGCCUAUUGCUCCUCUAAAUUCGCCAUCAGAGGACUGAUGGAGGCCCUUCAUGAAGAAUUAAGACUGGACUCUAAGUCUACUAAUGUUAGAUUUACGACUAUUUAUCCUUUUUACGUGGACACUGGACUAGCCAGGGAUCCAAAGUAUAGGUUUCCUUGUAUAUUUGGAAUUGUAUCGCCAGAAUACGCGGCUGGAGAGAUAAUUAAAGCAAUCAGAAGGAAUUAUACAGAAUAUUCUAUCCCCAGGUGUCUCUUUACAUUGAAUUCUAUCAACAGGAUGGUUCCCGAAACGGUGAUGAGGCUAAUCCUCGAUUUCCUGGCGAACGUGGACCGGAAACGACAAGAGAAAUAUGCUACCUGCUUAACUGACGCAUCCUGA